GUGACGCUUCUCUGACGUCGGGAGGGGACGGAAGUGAUGCAGCUCGUGUGUUCCUCGAUCAGCUAAUCCGUGUUGAUGAUGCAAAUGUUCACUUAAAUCUGAUCACAACAUGGUGAUGCUUGAUUGAAAACUACCUUGCGUCAUUAUUCAGAUUUGUUUUCCUGCCGAGCGGAGAGAUGGAUCCGUCCCGGAGGAGCGAGAGCGACUGGCAGGCGCUGGUCAACGAGUUCCUCAUUUGUAAGCAGAAGUUGGAGAGUAAGAAAGAAGCUCUUCUGAUUCUGUCGAAGGAGCUGGACACCUGCCAGCAGGAGAGGGAUCAGUACAAACUGAUGGCCAACCAGCUGCGUGAGCGACACCAAGGACUCAAGAAGAAGUACAGAGAACUUAUUGAUGGAGAUCCCUCUCUGCCUCCUGAGAAAAGGAAUCAAGUGAAUUUAGCUCAGCUACUGAGAGACUCCAGAGAAAAAAGCAGUCAACUUUCUGAGGAGGUGAAGGAGCUAAAACAACGACUGGUGGAAGCUCAAGGUGAUAACAAGCUUUUACGAAUGACCAUUACCAAACAGAGGCUGGGAGACGAGGAGGUUGGCGCUCGACACUUCCCUGCUCAUGAACGAGAGGAUCUGGUCAAACAGUUAGAAAGAGCCGGAAAGCAGAACGAGGUACUGGAGCACAGCGUUAAGUCGCUCACAGACGAGCUUCAGGACGUACGAGCAGAGCGCGACGUGUUUCAGCAGAAAGCUCACCGUCUUAAUAUGGAAAUGAACCACAUUUUGGGCAACGAUGAGAUACGCAUUUUAGACAUAGAUGCACUCUGCAUGGAGAACAGGUAUUUGCAUGAACGCUUCUGUCAACGUCAAGAGGAAAUCAAUUUGCUCAAAACAAACCUGGUGAAGUACAAGAGUGCCCUGGACUGUAGGAAAACCUCUAAAAUCUGUGGGAAACCCAACAGCAGUGCACUGACUGGGGUGCUCUCUGCUAAACAAGUGAAGGAAUUGUUACUGUCUGAAGAAAACGGUUGCAGUUUGCCGGUGACUCCUCAGUCCAUCUCAGACCUUAAGUCACUCGCCACAGCUCUGCUGGAAACCAUCCACGAGAAGAACAUGGUGAUUCAGCACCAACGCCAAAUCAACAAGAUUCUUGGAAAUCGAGUAGCAGAACUGGAGAAGAAACUAAAAACAUUAGAAAUGUCUGGAAUAUGGAGCCUGCCAGGCCUGACUUAUAAUGUGUCUCUGGGAAUAUCUGGAAGAGGAAAAGACACUAUCAUCCUGCAUACUCAACAGGCUGACUCAGCAGAGCCUCAUGGACAGGAAGGUGAUGAAGGCUCAGAAAACAUAUCUGUCGAUCAGCAGAGCUCCACAGAAGUCCCAAUCCAAGAGAGUGGACCACCAGCUGUGUCAGGCCGUCAAGAGGACCUUCCUGAGGAGACCCCAUCCAGCGAGGAGACGUGCCCGCUGAACAUCUCGUACCAGUCAGCUGAGGAAGAGCCAGUCAGCCCUCAGACAGAAACACCAGACAGUGAAGAGUGUCAUGAAAGUGGUCAAUCACAGGUACCAACUGAUUUAACUGAUUUAACGAGUCACCCGUCAAAAGAAGAGAAGUGUAUGAGUGAUUCUUCUCCCACACACCAUCCUUCAGACCUCUGCCAUUUACAGCAAACCUUAGAGAACUCUGACCCCACAGGAGAAGGAGAGAAUGACUCCGAUGAAUGCACAGAAGGGGUGGAAACUGUUGAAACCGAGGAAAAAAUCAAAAGCACAAUAUCCAGUGCUGCCACUGCAAUUUUUGACGAAGGGCAGGCCGACUUCCAGACAAACCAGGAGAAAGAGCUUUCAGAUGGGACAGAUGCUUGUGUUAGUCAGGAAAUAUCAAGUCUUUCAUGAGCCGCUCACAUGUUGCAGAGCAUCGGGAGAAAUCCUCAGCAGUGUUUCCUCUAGGGUUUUUUUCAGCAGGGGGGGAAAGGGUUAGGGUUAACAGAAAGUUUGCUGAUCCCGGACCGCCCUGACUCCCUGCCAGAUCAGCAAACUUUCUGUUACUGCUGUUACACAGGUUAGACCCACUGACCACCAGCAUGCUGUGCUGGCUAAAUUCAAGUUGCUAUAGCCGCUAACUGAAGUUCCGUCUCCGGAGCUGCCACCCACUCUCCUCCCAGCAAAGUAAUCUCCUAGCGGCGGGGAGGGAGGCACAGGGGCCGCUGGGUGCGCUAGCUAGCAAA